GCGACCCAGCAGCAGGCGGGCCAAGAUGGCGGAGGCGGCGGAGUCUCCAGGAGACCCGGGGACAGCAUCGCCCAGGCCCCUGUUUGCAGGCCUCUCAGAUAUAUCCAUCUCACAAGACAUCCCUGUGGAAGGAGAAAUCACCAUUCCUAUGAGGUCUCGCAUGCGGGAAUUCGACAGCUCCACAUUAAAUGAGUCUGUUCAGAAUACCAUCAUGCGUGAUCUAAAAGCUGUUGGGAAAAAAUUCAUGCAUGUUUUGUACCCAAGGAAAAGCAAUACUCUUUUGAGAGAUUGGGAUUUAUGGGGCCCUUUGAUCCUUUGUGUGACACUCGCAUUAAUGCUUCAAGGAGGCUCUGCAGACAGCGAAAAUGAUGGCGGGCCCCAGUUUGCGGAAGUGUUUGUCAUUAUCUGGUUUGGUGCAGUUACCAUCACCCUCAACUCAAAACUUCUGGGAGGAAACAUUUCUUUUUUUCAGAGUCUCUGUGUGCUGGGUUACUGUAUACUUCCCUUGACGGUGGCAAUGCUGGUUUGCCGGCUUGUACUUUUGGCCACACCAGGACCAAUAAACUUCAUGGUCCGGCUUUUUGUGGUGAUCGUGAUGUUUGCCUGGUCUAUAGUAGCCUCUACAGCUUUUCUUGCUGACAGCCAGCCUCCAAACCGCAAAGCACUUGCCGUUUAUCCCGUUUUUUUAUUCUAUUUUGUCAUCAGUUGGAUGAUUCUCACCUUCACUCCUCAGUAAAUUGGAAAAUGGAAAUGAAAAACCAGUGAAUUGAAAGCUCAUCUGAACAAUGCAAUUCACCAUGGAGUUUUGCCUCUGGCCCUGUUCUGUCUAAUUCUGGAGCCAUUUGGUAACUGGCUACGUGAGGACAUUACAAGGGAGCCAUAACGCACUGUUGCCACUUGUGUAAGGAACUGAUGUUUGAAAGGCUGUUCUUUCCUCUUAACGUUAUUUCUUUAAAAUACAUGUGCAUAGUACACCCAGUAUACUGCCUUCUUAAGGUGCAAUAGGGGUCACUGUGUUCCAUUUGGUUAACAGCCAAUGACAUGGAAAGCACAUGCAUACAUCCUGCAAGUUGAAUAGAUUUGGUAACUGCAUUUCCAAUUUAGAAUACCAGUUCAGGUGUAGCUCCUAAACACAUUGCCUUAUGACUAUUAGAAUAUGCCUCUCUCGUUAGAUUAAGAAUGGAUAGUCUGUAUCCAUUUUCUUUUAUUUCUCUCUGAAGUUUAAAAAGGCAAUGACAGAGUUUGGGAGGGGGUUCAUAGAUGUGGGAGGAAAAAAGAUGCACUAACCAGUAUUCAGAUUUUGGUCAUAGAAAAUUCUGCACUUGUUGCUUUUGAAAAAGCAAGAGACAUUUGAAGAAUCAGCUUUAGCCUUUUUGUAUGGUCACCUAACUGCCAUGCUUAACAGCACCUCAGUGACACUCUAGUUUUAAUCUUACGCCCUAGCUCAGAAUAUGCAAACUAAGAUGUGAGCAGCAACGUGUAGUUUUCCUCUGACUGAUGCUCUCAGUGGUCCAGUGUUUGAACUUACCCAAGUACAUCACCUCAGAAACGUGGACUGGUGGGUCCCUAAGGUGUAUUGUCUUGUGGGCACAUUCCCUUAGAGGUGGAAUGAGGCAGUUUGAAUACAGCAUAGCUAUAAGGAAUUCCUUAAUAUUCUGUGUACUAUGGCCACUAACGAGAAAGUGAAGCUAAAUCAGAAUCCUGCAUUUAGCCAUGUGAACAGGGAGGGAUUUAGUGUUCUGAUGGCUGGUUCACAGAGCAGCUGGACGCUUAGAGCACGAUGUAGGAGGAGGUGACUUUAGAGCUGCCGCCUUUUCAUAGUGGGCACAGCCGUUUCUUCAUUAGAUGUGGUUUUUGGGUUGGGGGAUAGCAAUUUAUUGUCUUGGUUCUGGACUUUAUUUGUAAAGCAAAUUAGCUUUCCUUUAGACAAGGACUUUUUUGCACAUGCGCACCUACUUGUAUCCUCAGCUAUUUAUGCACACAAGUGUGUAGGCUUUUCAGGGAGCAGAGUGUCUGGGGCAGGCUGAUUUCUGAGCUAAACAGGGCUCCUUUAACGUAAUAUGAGCUGCUGCCUUCUAUAAAUUGCACAUUGAAGAACUCUUAAUAGGCAAAGACUAGGAGUCAGACAGAAAACAUUUGUUGUAAAUAUACAUGUACUUAGAAAGAGGAAUUUCUUAUUCCACAAUUUUUCUUUAUCGUAGAAUUUAAAUAUUUAUUCAUUUUGUAUUUAAAGACUACCUACACAUAGAUACAUAAUUUUAAACACAUUUUCUCCAUCCCCAGAUUAACCACGUGAACAAUACUUGGACAGUUGUGUUCUUGGAAUGAUAUUCAACUACAAAAGCAUUACAAAGUUGGCCCCCUCUGUCCCAGCCUUGGCCAAAGUUUUUGGUUAUAUAUUUUUGUUUAUUUCAAAUUCCCUUUUAAGUUCUAAAGUAAACUGUGUGCAAUGACUAAGCUAGUGCUUUAGUCUUGAAUUGGUAAAGAAAAUAUUUUGAAACUGGUCCAAAAUUUGAAAUUAGUCCUAAAUUAUCAUCCAUAUCCAUUAUCUGAAAUUUUCCAAUUGCCACUAAAAAGAUCUGUCUUCCAAAGUUUGUUUAUAAUCUGUCCCAGUGAUUAUAAUGUAAAGCUAAAGAAAUAACGAUGCUUCUCAAAGGAAAUUAAGUCUUUACGAAAUUUUACACAGGCUAGAUAUUUGUUCAGAAAUUUCCAAGGCCACAGCUCUGAGGGGAGUUCGAGUAUAUACAUCUGAGAGGGCAUUAUACAUAGUGGGUGUGAAGGCAGCUUGUUCUGUGUAUUAAUCUGUUGCUCUUAGGUGACGUAGGGAAUAGUUUCACUUGAUUUAAAUGAAGGUGGGUAAAAUGGAAAUUUAAUGAUCUUUUGGAGAAUGAGUAGUCAGUCUGAGGGUGUAUACAUAUUUUCUUACUAUAUGCAACAAGUGCAUUGCUUUCUGUGACAGAAGACCUGAGUAUCUGGAAGUUGUAACCCUCAACACAGCUUUCCCUGAUUUGCUGCAAAGGCACAUGGCUUAUUAUAGAAGGGAGGACUCAAAGGGACGGGGACUCCAGCAAAUGCAGCCCUGUUCCAGGAAUUGGGAAGUUUUGUGCUUCACAUGAAAUUCAGGCAUGUGAGCAUCAUUGCCGGAUGCAGUGCCUCAUUGCCAUUGUGGCUUAUCACUUGCUGCUCCUACUUCUGAGAUUGAGACUCCAUUGUUAUAUUCUUUAGCAAUAGGAAAGGAUAAGACCGGGUUUAAUUGCUGUUCAGAUGAUAAAAACUCAAUUGCACACAUAUUUGAAUAUGCAGUGUAGUUUUACACGUCACUCAUGAAUUGUGAAGUUUUUUUUACCUCAUAAGAGGCUUAUUACAUGGGUUGCAUUGGGUCUUUUCAUUGUGGUGGGGUUUUCUGUUGGACAAGGUGGGGUCACAGGGCACAGGACUGGAAGCAUUUUACUGUUGACCACAUCUGUCUUUUUUAAAGUGCCCCCUGAAAUGUGACUAGAAGGCUAGCAAGCCUGUAUUUGUGAAGACUUAAUUAUGUACUUUAUAUAUUCUAUUUACCCGGACUUCCUGUUUACUCCUGGAGAGCAAAAUGAAAACCUCCUGUCAUUUCAAAAUUUUGAGUAACACCAAGUUGUUGGAAUUUAUCUAAAGCCUGUCAUGAUAUGAUCAGAUGCCCAUUGCAUGCAGCUGUUUUAUUCCAGAGCAAAAUACCGAAAUUGUGAUUCUCAGACUGUUAAUUUCUGAGGCAAUUUAGAUGUGUGAAUGUUAAUCCAUGUAUGUAAAUUAGAAAUACUUUUUUAGAUUUCUGUGGGCUUUUAUUAAAAACAAAGAAUUUUUAGGGAUUUACUUAGGCCAUAGAUGGCCGAAUAAUAAUGACAAUAAUAUUACUAAUAAUUAUAGCUGACAUUUAUUGGGCACUUACUGGGUGCCAGGCACUAUUCUAUUUUUUUAAGGAUUUUUUAUAGCUUUAUUGAGAUACCUUAACCAUAAAAUUCACCCUUUUAAAGCCAUGUACAAGUCAGUGAUUUUUUUCAGUAUGGUCGCAUAAUUGUGCAGCUGUCACCAAUAUCUCAUUUUAGAACGUUUUCAUCAGUUUAUAAAGAAACCCCAUGAUCUUUAGCGGUCAGUCCCUGUCCCCUUCUCCCAAGCCCCUGACAACCAGCAGUCUGCUUUCCGGCUCUGUUGAUUUGGCCAGGCACUUUUCUUAAGUGCUUUUCAUGCAUCUUUAAUCCUUAACAUAAAGUGCUACAAUUCUUAUCUUACAAGUAGAAAAUUGAGGCACAGAAAGGCUAAGUAAAUUCCCCAGGGUCCUGUAAUAAAUUGGUUUAUAAUAGGAAAAACACAUUAGAUGAGAGCAUAGUAGGGCACAAUUUUGAAUUGCAUUGUUAGGUACAUGAAAUGAAUACACCACCUCCCCAGGGUAGGUUCCCUGUUAUUAGCCAUUACAACUGAACAUAGACACCUCUCGAUCUUCUUUCCUGAGUAUAAUAGAACACUACGUUAGCAGCAUCGGAGAUAAACAAGAGCAGCGGUACAUGGGGAAGGGUUGGGUUCGCUGCCCUCCCUCCUCCAACCCCUUUUCUCUCCCCUCCGAUUCUACCACCACCACCACACACAUAUACCCCUCCCCUUUUUCUUUUUACAGUCUGAAGGAUAAAACAACUUCUGCCUCUUUAAUUCUCCCAGAGGGAUGGUUAAUGCAUCAAUUUAACUUGUCUUUUCAGGUGUUUAUAGGCAAGGGAUGCAUCUGGUCGCUUAUAGUACCAGUUCUAUUCCUAAGACCUCAGAGAACAGCUGUGUGAGAAUAGCAUGCCCUUUUUAUUUGGAUUACACCAGGUGGGGGGAAUAAAUAACAGAGUAAAGGCUUUGCCUUAAGGAAGUCGGUGUUCCUGCCUGGUAGGAAGUGGCCACACACUGCUCUUGUUCACUCUGUUCUUUCUUUUUUCUGAGCCUUUGUACUCUGUGCCAUCCCUGCUGGUAAUCUUUUGGAACCCCUCAGUGCUCCAUUUUAAUCCUGAUCUUUCCUGUAAAUAAUGAACCUGUGAAAAGAAUAAAUCUGUAAAAUUAUUUGUGAAUGUUAAAUGUGCAAAUAAAAAACAGUGGAAA